GUCUGACGUCCCGGACGUGACGCCUGGAAGUUGACUGUCAACAUGAAAGAUGGCGACCCAUCACAGGCAGAACGCUGCUGGACGGAGAAAAGUCCAGGUCUCCUAUGUGAUAAGAGAUGAGGUGGAGAAGUACAAUCGCAAUGGGGUGAACGCUCUUCAGCUGGACCCAGCCUUGAACAGGCUCUUCACUGCUGGCAGGGAUUCCAUCAUCCGGAUAUGGAGCAUCAACCAGCACAAACAGGAUCCCUAUAUAGCUUCAAUGGAACACCACACUGACUGGGUGAAUGACAUAGUGCUCUGUUGUAAUGGGAAAACAUUGAUAUCAGCCUCAUCAGACACUACAGUUAAAGUCUGGAACGCACACAAGGGGUUCUGUAUGUCAACAUUAAGAACACAUAAGGACUACGUCAAAGCUUUGGCAUAUGCAAAAGAUAAGGAGCUGGUGGCGUCGGCAGGUCUGGACCGACAGAUAUUCCUGUGGGAUGUAAAUACUUUAACAGCACUGACCGCCUCCAACAACACAGUCACCACUUCCUCACUGAGUGGGAAUAAAGACUCUAUUUACAGUCUGGCCAUGAAUCAGCUGGGAACAGUCAUCGUCUCAGGCUCCACGGAGAAGGUCUUGAGGGUUUGGGAUCCACGGACGUGUGCUAAACUAAUGAAGCUGAAAGGCCACACAGACAAUGUGAAGUCAUUAUUAUUAAACAGAGAUGGCACUCAGUGUCUGUCCGGUAGUUCAGACGGUACGAUACGGCUGUGGUCUCUGGGUCAGCAGCGCUGUAUCGCCACCUACCGGGUCCACGACGAGGGCGUGUGGGCUUUGCAGGCCAACGAGGCUUUCACACACAUCUACUCCGGAGGCAGGGAUCGCAAAAUCUACUGCACAGACCUGCGCAACCCUGAUAUUCGAGUGCUGAUAUGCGAGGAGAAAGCCCCUGUUCUCAGAAUGGAGCUGGACAGGUCAGCAGACCCUCCUCCUGCCAUUUGGGUGUCCACAACUAAAUCCUGUGUAAACAAAUGGUCUUUAAAGGGAAUGCAUAACUUCAGAGCGUCCGGUGACUAUGAUAACGACUGCAGCGCCCCCCUGACUCCGCUGUGUACGCAGCCUGAGCAGGCCAUUAAAGGUGGCGCCAGCAUAAUUCAGUGUCACAUUCUGAACGACAAAAGACACAUCCUUACCAAAGACACCAACAACAACGUGGCAUUCUGGGACGUGCUCAAGGCGUGUAAAGGUGAAGACCUUGGGAAAGUGGAAUUUGACGAGGAGAUAAAGAAGCGCUUCAAGAUGGUCUACGUACCUAACUGGUUUUCUGUGGACCUUAAAACAGGGAUGCUGACCAUUACCUUAGAUGAGAGUGACUGCUUUGCUGCCUGGGUUUCUGCCAAAGAUGCUGGUUUCACGAGCCCUGAUGGCUCAGACCCAAAAUUAAAUCUGGGUGGUCUGCUGCUGCAAGCUUUGCUUGAGUUCUGGCCUCGAACGCACAUCAAUCCUAUGGAAGAAGAGGAGGGCGAGGUCAACCACGUAAAUGGGGAGCAGGAAAGCAGGCUUCAGAAAGGAAACGGCUAUUUCCAGGUGCCCCCACACACUCCGGUCAUCUUCGGGGAGGCAGGCGGAAGGACGCUGUUCAGGUUGUUAUGUCGGGACUCGGGAGGAGAGACGGAGUCGAUGUUGCUGAAUGAAACUGUCCCACAGUGGGUUAUAGACAUCACUGUAGAUAAAAACAUGCCCAAAUUCAACAAGAUUCCCUUCUAUCUGCAGCCUCAUUCAUCCUCCGGUGCGAAAACACUCAAGAAGGACCGCCUGUCCGCCAGCGACAUGCUGCAGGUGAGGAAGGUGAUGGAGCAUGUCUAUGAGAAGAUCAUCAACCUAGACACGGAGUCACAGACCACCAACUCCUCCACCACCGAGAAGCCCGGAGAACAGGAGAAGGAGGAGGACGUGGCCAUGCUGGCCGAGGAGAAGAUCGAGCUCAUGUGCCAGGAUCAGGUUUUGGAUCCGAACAUGGAUCUGAGGACAGUGAAGCAUUUCAUCUGGAAAAGCGGCGGAGAUCUGACGCUUCACUACAGACAGAAGUCCACGUGAGAGUGACGUGAGAAUCACGUGAGCCUGCCAUCUCCCUCCCAGUUCGCCUUACUCGUCUUCAGCCCAUCUUUGCCCUGGUGUCCACAGGAGCGUCAUGGAGAACGUUCUGCUCUCCGCCCAGAGCCAUUCCUCACCUCACGUCGUGGGUCAUAGGAAAUGCAAACAGGACUGACCGUAUCAGACUUGAAUGCUUUAAGUUGACUUGAAGUUUAAGAUGAUUCGCUUUGUACAGAGUACUAAUCCAGAAUAU